AUGCUGGCUUCGUCCUCGCUGGUGUCGGUAAGCCGAACCCUUCGCACCAAGGUCGGUAUCAACACGAGUGAGCGUCUGCGCGCCGCCGAGCGGGAUGAGCCAGCCACCAGCUCUGCACGACCGCCGCCGUCCGCGAUGGACUUAUCGUACAUUACGGGCAAGAUGCCCGAUACCCUCCCAGCGUACCAGACCGAGCGUGCAGUGUGGUCCGCAACAACGUUCCGGUCAGCGUGGAACAAGCUGCACAAGGCCUACGCAUCCUUCCUCGAGACGGACCCAGCGCGGGCCGCAGAGCUGCGGGCCAAAGAUUGGCAGGGCCUCGCGCUGUACAGCGCGUACGCGGAGACGCUGCAUCUCAUGUCUCUCCUCCCCGCCACCCUGCGCACAGCCAUCACGCAGCACCCCUCCUUCGAUUACACCGAUGUGGAGGAGUUGUUUGUACACUUGGGCCAGGACGUCGAGGUACGCGGCAGUGGCGGGUGGGUCAUUCAGCUGCAGCCUCCGACGACGGCAGACCUGGAAUACCUCGUCAAGCACAUAGGCCGCUUCGGCGCUGACGGCCGAGGUUGUGUGGCAAACACAGCACACCGCGCUUCGGUCUGGCGCGGCCGCCACGGCGAGGCGCUCGGUGUGACGCUGCGAGUGGGGCGCUAUGUGCCAGGUGCAGCCCGGGCACUUUUGCCGCUCGCACAGCGCGGCAGUCUUCUCAUUCUGUCCAAGGCGGGUAUGGGCAAGACAACUCUCUUGCGUGACCUCGCCGCCGCGCUGGCUCAGGAGCCGGGAGCGCCGCGUGUCACGGUCGUCGACACCUCCAACGAGAUCGGCGGCGACGGCCCCAUACCUCUGCCCUACCUCGGCCGAUGCCGUCGCAUCCAGGUUGCCCGACGCGAGGACCAGGGGCGUGUAAUGAUGGAAGUGAUUCAGAAUCACACACCCGAGUACCUCAUCGUGGACGAAAUCGCAACGGAGGAGGAGGCGGAGGCUGCCUGGUCUAUCUCGCAACGCGGCGUUCAUCUGAUCGGCACGUGCCACGGUGAACACCUUGAGGGGCUUCUACAGAACCGCGCCUUGAACCUCCUCGUCGGUGGCGCCGCGCAGGCGUUUCUGAGCAAUGAGGAGCGGCGUCUGCGCAACAAGACAAGGAAAACGGUGCUGGAACGGCCGUACAGCUCGCCAUUUUCCUUUGUUGUCGAGCUGCAUGGACGUAGCCGAGGCCACCUCUACGUGGACGUGAACAAGGCGGUGGAUCUGGUGCUCGAUGAGCAGCCCGCGAAGCUGAACGCUGCCGUUGGCGCCGCAGUCGAGCUCAGUGCACUCCUUCCGAGGCGAGUGGAGAAGCUCCUGCGGCUGCAAGAUGAGAGAAAGCGGAAGCUCAAAUACGUUGCAGGCACGGAGACGAACGACGCCGAGGUUGGCGAGGAGGAUGGCAUGGCGACACUGUCAAGUGUUCCCCGGGUCAAUGCGGACGAGGACGGCUACACGCUGCUCGCCGACGAUGAUCGAGAUCCAGAGAGCAACCGCAGCGUUGCCUCUUCGACGUACGCGGCACCGAACCAUGCAAGUGGUUGCCGUUCACACUGGCCUGCCGAAAAGCAGCGGCGACACCGCAAGACGGACGAGGAGCUUUACGGGGAGCUGAAAGGCUUCUUCUGA